AUGUCUGAGGAGCUGGCGGUGCAGUUCCUGGAGGCGUGCACGCAGCACAGGGACGAAGCGGGGCUCGCCUUGCAGUUUGACACCACCGCACUGCCGGCGCUCUGCGACGUGAAGGCGGUGCCCGGGCGGGUGUCGGCAGUGCUGCCGGUCACCCCUGCUGUGUCCAACCGCUACGGCACCCUGCACGGCGGCUGCAUAGCUACCCUGGUGGACACCGUGGGCUCUGCGGCGCUGGUCACAGCCAGCCCCAAGGGCGGGGUCAGCCUGAACAUCAACGUCAACUACCUUUCCAAAGUGGCCACGGGCGGCAGGGUGCUUAUAGAGGCACAGAGUGACGUGAUGCAGGUGGUCAAAGUUGGGAAGACGAUCGCAACCAUCGAGGUGUAUCUGCGGGACGAGGCCAGUGGGGCGCUGGUGGCGCAGGGCACACACGUGAAGUUCAUUGCAGAGCAGGAGCCCACCAUGGCGUCCCUCCUCUCGCACCAAGGGCAGCAGCAGCAGCAGCAGCAGCAGCAGCAGGGAGCAGCGGCAGGCAGGCGGACGCCCGGCAUCCGCUCCCGCCUGUAA